AUGUUUCCCCAGCAGGGCCGGGCAGGUAAUGUGGCACAUGGCAGUAACUCGGCCACAGACAGAGCCAGAGAUCCUCUGUUCAAACACGUGAACACUGACAAACUGCAGCAGAUAGAAACAUUCGCACACUUCAUCAAACUGUUGGAUAACUACGAGAUGUCGACGGGAGUGGGCGAGACCGUGACCCACGAGGAGCUGGCGGAGAACAGGCGCUUCAUCGACGCCAUCGUGGAAACAGACGUGAUGAAGCGUGCUCAUAACUACCUGGUGAGGAAGGGUCAGUCUUCUUCAAACACCAUGGAUUUCAAGAAGCAGCUCUACAACAUCUGGUUCAGACUGUACCACAGAGAGAGAGGAGGCGGGCAGGACUCGUGUGGCUUCGAGCAUGUGUUCGUGGGAGAGACCAGGAGGCACCAGCAGAUCCUGGGGCUCCACAACUGGGUCCAGUUCUACCUCCAGGAGAAACACGGCCACAUCGACUACAAAGGCUACAAAGCCCGAACGCACAAGGACACGCCCGAUGAAGAUGACCAUGUGUUAAACCUUCAGUUCAGCUGGAGGGGCCUGGUCAAACCUGUGGCCGGUUCCUUCAUCGGCGUCAGUCCCGAGUUUGAAGUGGCGCUCUUCACCAUCGUCUUCCUCAUGUCCGACGAGAAGAUGACGUCUGUGGAGGUGAAGAUCGACGAGUACGUUCUGGCUCUGAUCGUUCACCGCUACGGCAGAUCCAUCGGCACGUCCUACCCCAAACUCCUCAGCAGCAACCACCAGGAUCUGUAG